AUGCGAGCGAUAGACCUCAAAAACCAAGGCACGGUACCUACUGUUAGGUAUUUCAUUAGAGAUUUUACCAUGAAUGUAAAUUUCUGCCUUCAUGUGUUUGAGUUUUCUUUAUGGCACUAUUUGGUUAGACCGUUAUAUGGCAUGGAACAAUUGCUAUUUUGUAAAUUGAGUUACGAAACCCAUGGACAUAUCCGCAUGUAGUGGACUUUAAUGGUACGAGACAUAUGCAUGUGCUUUUCAGCUUUCAGAAGCAUUCUGUAUAAUUUCACCAUAGGGUAUCUGGGUUACAAUGCAAGAAGUUUGAAAAACAUCCUUACGUAUACUUUAUUUUCCACUGUGUUCGCAGCGAUACCCACCAGGUCUGUUCAGAUGCAGAAAAAACUCGAGAUACCUCUUUAAUCAAAUGAUUAUCUGACUCUAGUAAUUGCGCUUUGGAAUUAAAUUCAGUGCACGUUUGAUGUACGCAAGUUUUCCAAAUAAAAUGAAAAAAUGAGUCAUCUUUAUUUGAGCCAUAAAUAGCUGAUUAUACGAAAAAGUGAAUGGUUGAGCCCAGUUACACCGAUAUGAAUGUUAACCACAGUGAAACCGAAUACUCAUGAAACUGACGGUUGUAUUGUUCAAAAUAUGCACAAAAAGAAUACAAGAUUGAGGUUUUGGAGUUUCUCAGAUAUUAAUUUGCAAAGUUGGGGUGUAUUCUUAGGUGAACGUUGCCCAAGAAUUCAUCUGAAAGCUGAUAUAGCUACUCAGCUGAAAUCCCCCAGCCUCGGUGGGAUGACCGCGCAUUAUGCAGCAAGAGACAACAAGUAAACGGAAGCAUACACAUGGUUUAUGAUGUCUACCAUUACGACAACAGAGGUGCUAGCCUAAAUCCCAGGCACCUGUUUUGCUGGCAUUUGCCCACUGCAGUGACGAAUCAUCAGUGGGGCGCCUUCGCUCCGCAUUUAGCAAUAAAAAUGGAAUAAAAAUGAAAGACCGGUUAGAGCCUGAAGAGCAAUCUGGAGUGGGGUAUAUCAUUCCGUGUCAAAAUUAUCCUUGUAACUACACAGGCCAGACUGGACGCAUGCUUGGAUCACGCAUACACGAACAUAUGCUGACUGUGCGACUAGGCGAUGCAUUAUAACAAGUGACCGCCCACAUCUACGAAAUGUGUCACGAGUUAAACUUCCCAGCCACCAAAAUAGUCGCCCAUGCCGGAAACAAAGAAACCGAGAAUUGAUUGAAGCCCGGGCCACGGAUGAUAACUCGGUCAAUCGAUUUAUCGAUCUGGCGCCGGCGUAUAGAGUCCUUCUUGGUCACCUCCAGUCUUGUGCCGUCGGUCAGUGAUUGGCCUAUAUGCCCUUUUAACUGUCGCUCGUUCUGUUGCUGCUACUACACGAGUCUGAAAGGUAAGAGAGUAAACGAAGUGUUCCGGUGCUCGGCCCUUUUUCCUCACUUAUUAAAUAAUGUAUAGAGUAUACAUACAUAUUUGUAGAAUGGUAUUACCGACAAAGAAAAGGGCACUGGAAUGGCCAUUUCUGGCUUAUUAGCCGUCGUCAGUCAGUUAUACCCAACCCCAAAGUGUGGAACCCCCGAGGCUAGAACUCGCGACCUGUUAGUUAGGCGUCUACGACUCUAACCACUGGGCCACGAGCCCGCUCCCCUUUCGGUUUCGAUCGGAAAUACACAAUGGUGGAGGGGCGCCCACCGAUCGUUUCUACGGAAAUCACUCGUCCCGUUUUGUCUUACGGAAUCUCCCUCGAGCCCCACUAGCAGUUGUACAGCGGUGCAUGACAAGAUAACCGACAAGACAACAAGCCCGCGGCUCAGUAAUUAGACGUUUUGGACUUCUAUCUAACAGGUCGUAAGUUCGGACUCCAAGUGUUCCACACUUCGGGGUUUGGUUAUGGCUGGCUGACGAUGACUAAUAAGCCGGAAAUGGUCAUUCCAGGCUCCCUUGUCUUUGUCGGUAAUAGCGUUCCACUUAUAUCAUGCGCCGCUGUGCGGUUGCUGAUUAGGCUCGAGAGAGAGAGCCCGUAAGACACAACGAAACGAGUUAGUUCCGAAGAAACGAUCGGUAAGCGCCCCUCUACCGUUAUAUCUAUAUGAAAUAGCCCAUAUACAUUUUAUAGUACUCGUAGUACUAAGUGUUUGUACAAUGAACAUUACGUGGUUCUUCCAUAGUAGUUGACAGUCUCGACUCAAGUGUUCACUUGGAUUUCGGGUCUGACUGUAAUAAAGUCAUGCUUCCGAGACUUAUCUUCAUAUCCUGCAAUGAAUAAUUUCCGAAAUUAUUCGCUUGAUAUACAUUUAAGCACAUAGUAUGCAUAUAGGGCUCUAACUUAAAGAAACGUUUUUAGACGAAUUUGCCAAUGCUAUAAACUGUUCAUCUCCGGAGGAGACUGCUGAUCUGAAGUAGACUGUUUAACCUCUUAAUGGGCAUAAAAAGUCUUAUCCAGUUUUGGCAUAAUUUACCAGGGGUUUAGCAAUAGCUUCCAAAAAGACAACGAAUUGGACGAAGGUUGCCCGGUACACUUUGUUUGAUGUAAUUAGAGCCUGAGACUUGAGCACUCAUCAGAACUUGAUGCACAGUUAACAACGUUGAAUACAACAUCAGUCAUGAGUCUUUUUGUUUCCUUAGAUAAGUUUUUCCGCAUACUUGCGAAGAGGUUUGCGACAAACCCCCCUACAGUUUUAAUAGUCCUCCUUAAUCUAAUCUGCCAAAAAUCAAACUGCCUUCCUCACUUUCACACUAAGAACGUGCUUAGGAUCUACUUGCCAGCUAUAACCAUGCAUUUAGGAUAACCGUUGAAAUUUGAUAUUGAUGAUACGGUUUAUAGUUAGGUCUUGCGCCUUUGGCAACACUGGUGUUUUAACGUUACUGCGCUAUAUUACUACUGACGUGAUGAUACAGUAGAGAUGUUUUUGACCUCUACAACAUAGUCUCAAAGAACAUGGUAUGCCUUUUUAUUCUGCGACGCAGGUGCAAACGCUUCCUGCACUUUUCUUUACUUCUUUUACGAAGACUGGUGUUGCACUUUUGAAAAGUAGCAUACAUUAAUAAGGUCUUCAUAUUUUACAAAAUGGAACAAUGUAUCUUACUGUCUUUUUUAUUAGAAUAGACUGAAAACAACCAUAUAAGAAUGGCAGUUUGAGGAGUGUUGGAACAGCGACAUCGCAGGCUCAAAAGUUGCAACAUUUCGCUGUAGAUAUCACAAACGUCGAUCCAAAUGAAUUAAAUUUCAUUUCAAACCCGCCCAGGCAGUAACUUUUAGCUGUUGGCAUAUGCUCAUAUUUGCCGUUUUCGCCGUAAUACGUGAAUCAGUCUGUUGCGGACGAGAUGCAAGCAUACCGGUUUUCAUUCAGCUGUACACCCAAAUCGCCGAAAACGUCAGCAUGGAACCAUUAACUGUGUACUCACACAAACCUAUUGUUGACACGCCCAUUACUUUCGACUAUUAAAUCUGUGCAUGCGCCCGUCGUUGACAAUGGUUUACGCCGCAUGUGCAACUGGUUAUCAAGGGCUCAUGUGCGUCGUCUAGUAAAUGCGACAAACCUCAAUGAAAACAGCCCAACUAGGAAAAAGGAACUUAACUUCUAUAAUCACAUUACUUUACCUUUUCCAUCAUUUAACAAGUUUGUGACAGUACGGUGGACAGAAGGCUUCCACCGAAUUUCUGUCUAUAAAUUACCGUUUUAGAUAUCUGGACGCUGAGAACUGUGUCGAAAACACUAUGCUGCAGUAAGCAGCGCCCGUUCUGGUCUAAACAUAACUGCCAUCAGAAAAACCCAUGAACGUCAGACGUCGCGAGCAGACAUUAUUUAUUUGAAAAUUUAAAAAAUCAGUUCGGUUCGAAAUUUUCCAUUCGCCACGCAUUACGCUUUAUAAAAUAUAAAGUGAAGUGAGUGCCUCCAUUGUACCUCAGGUCAUGGCAUGACGCUGAGAAUAUGAUGUUCAGUAAACAGCAUAAUCAAAAGAUUAAGCUUCAUCCACUAAAAGGGCUUUUGACAUCAACACUCGCUCACUUUCCUACAUUCAGGAAUUGCAAAUAUAUUAUUGCCGCAAAUUCCUUACCGCGCAUAAUCAUUGGUUACACUGGAGCCAGCAUGAAACAGCAUAAAAUAGAACUUGAAAUGCAUUUACAACCCUUAUAUUCGCUACGAUUUAUUACCUAAAGACGGCUUUGUGUAGUUAUUUACCAUACCGGCAACGCGGGUACCAGCUGAAAGCCCAGACUCGCAUGCUUCGCCGGUCUAGUAUCAUUAUCUAACGCAGCCGCAUGUGGUUCACCCAGCCCUUCCCAUGUGUUUUCUAGUACGCGCUCAUUCCGAAGUAGCUGAUGGAUUUCAGCCCAGAUAUUCAUAUUAACUUUCGGAUCACGCAUAAAAAGGUCUGCUGCGAAAAACAUUUUAUCCAAAUUCAUGAAUCCAUUUCCCCGGAAGAUAAACAAAGCAAAUAAGGCUUUGUGUGAAAAUUCUGCCAAACGACUGGCCUACUUACUGGCGUUUUGUUAAAAUCAUCUGUGAAAUUUAUACAAGGAACGAAUAAUUGACUAAGUCCAUAAGAACAAUGAAUUAAAAGUGCUGACAAGUUAACCGCCUUUUCAAACUUUGGUUUUUUUCAAAGUCUCAGUCGCAAAGGGCAGUUUUAACACUUUGUUUAAGAAAAUUGAUUUAAAAAACCUAGCCUAAAAAUUGUAAUAAAUUAAUGCCAGCAAGGGCCCUCUUUGCCUUCCUUCGUGCAACGUGCCUAUAAGCUAUUCACUUUAAUUGGCCUAAACUAUAACCGCCUAACAGGCACGCUUUACCGUCCCUUGCGGGCAGAGGUUGUCAGUUGUUUUUGUUUUCUGUUUCUAGUCGUAGUCGGAUUAAGUCGAGUUUUGCGGCACCAAACAAAGGCUUUCAUGAAAACUGGACGGAUGAGGAAGGCAUUUUUUAUGUCUCUGACCAGCGAACGACGUAAGUGUGCAGUUUUUGUCCAAUUGGCGAGUGUCUACUGGUGGUUAUCUGAACAGACUUUAUUUUUUGCCGCAUUAGGCUGCGGGAUUUCCAAUGUCCGGAACAGUCAUCUGUUAAAAUAGCGACAAGCCAAUUAAGAACGAUAGGAGUAUUAAUGUUAUUAUCUAAGGCACAUGGACGCAGUCAGAAUACAAUCGCCAUUCGGCUUAGCGAUUUGACUGUAGCACUUUCAAAACGAAAUACUGAAGCGCAUGGCACUAGUAUACGUACCUGGGUGUUACUCCAUACUUCGAAAACGCGUGAACCCUUCAAAAUCCUCUUAUUUUAUCCACUGUUUAAGCCCUUGCGCCCAAUAUAUGGUGAUACGCCUUAUUCAAUGGAAUGUUAACACAAAAAGAUUCGGGGGAAGUAAAUGAUUAAAUGUACAUUACGAUAAAGGCCAUUUUUCGUGCGAUCAAAAUAAAAUAACGGAUAAUGAUUUACAAGGACUUUACACGGCAGGCCAAGGGGCCUGCACUUUUAUGUGGCGUUGUUUAUCCAGAGCGGUUCUUGUUUGCGUUAUACCCUGCUCUUUGAACCAGCUUUUUGUUUUGCAUACGUAAUCCGGACUUAGAUCCACGGGGAAACUUCGAUGCAUGUGCAUUUUGCACUUUAAAAAACAGUAGUUAAAAUUUUAAAUCAUAUUCUCCAGAAUUGUACGCAGCAAAAAUUGAACUUUCAGUUAAAAAGAAAAUGUUCCUGUCUGUUUUAAAGUAUAAUAGAGAUUUUGGAGAUUUAUUUUACGAUGGCUAAACAAGGUGUUAGAUCUUAGCUGAUUUUUAAUCUUCUCUCGUAAAAUAAAGGACUCAUAGCAUUUUUUCAGAUUAUUAGACAGUCUGUGGUUUAAUAUACUCCUAGCAAAUUCAUCUUAAGUAAAGAUUAGUUUUUCAAGUUUUGCUUCGAUUUUAUUUUAAACGAAUGUUUAAAUAGGCAUUUAUACUCAAGAGAGCAUUAAAGAAUGCAACCGAGUCACUGAUCAUCCGAAAACCUUCAGCGCAAUCGCACAGAACACAGAGUUUACUUCGUAUGCCUAUAUGUCCUCAAUAUUUUUGUCAGCCUUUGAGAACCGACGUAAAUUUUAUUUCACGCUUCACGUCCAGUAUACAUGCUCAAUUGUGCUACGCUCUGUGACCUGGCAUGUAUAUCAUCUAAAAUUUUAGGAAAAUUUAGUAAAGAUAAUGAGGAAAUAAUUGAUAUAAUUUACUGCAUUUAAAAUUUCAUGUGGAUUACUUAAAUGAAUUGGUCUAAUGCAAUACAAAUGCCGAGUGUUUUAGGGACAUGGGAAGAAUCUAUUAUUGGCUGAAGUGUGAAAUAAGUGUCAAUUUAUAUCUAGUGCUGAAACUGCGCGCUUGAUACCGCGUUUGAUUUGCUGAUCACAAGUAUUGUCUUCGAAUGACGAACGUUGUUUUUAUUAAGCUCUUGUUGAUUCAACACGCAUUGGUUGGAUGCCGAACUAAAACACUCCAUAUCUCUCCCGUCAAAUUCAAGGAGAACUAGGGCUGAUAUUUACGAUAGAGCAGGUGUUAGGAUCAGGGCUAAGAGACAGGUUCGUUUCCUGAAAUUUUUUUAUAAAGAGAUCCCUAUUCCCUUGUAUUACCCAUACUUCAAGGCUGAUAUUUAAAUCUGUAGUCCUGUCCUAUUUCUUAUGCCCUAGAAUUUUUUAAAAGUCUAAAACACAAUUCCUACGAGGCAACCUGAACGAUACAGCCUUCGUAAAAAAAAAUUCCAGAAAAUUAUGCUUUCUAUAGUGAAGCAGAUUGUCGUAUAUUUGUCUAACUUUUACAAAUUUAUGGGCUGGAUUUCUGAGCUAAGAUGUUAUUCUUCCAGUUUAAGCGUGGAAAUGUUUAAGGCAUUCAGAUGGCAGGCACAAAAAGGGCAGUAAAAGGGUAAUGGGACAGUACGUACAGUAACUUCUUAGAUUCAUCUAAAAAGCACUGUCCAAAAACAAUGAUGAUCUGGUCCCUUCCGUCAACUAAAAGGUGAAAUCUUCAUGCCUUUGAUGCAUGUCUUUUCAUGCUCCCAUAUUCUUCUUACCGGUAAACCGGUCCGUUGUUAUAUUUUGCAUUUUUCUGUUAAAUAUGACCCAGAUUAUUCGAGCAGCAUGUAUGUAUGCAGUGGCGGAGACCGUUGGAUGCUCUCUGCUCGUGAUCGUGGGGUGUUUGCUGUAAAAGACUAUAAAUCACGUACUCCAGUGCCCACUAGGCCCAUGGGCCAUCUCCAGCGUCUAAAGACACAUAAGUAGAUUUGUUUCCCUGCGUUAAAUGAACACCUGUCAACCAUUACAAAUAUUUUAAACAAGAAUCCUCCUCCUGUUGUCACUUCGCAGUCCCAUACUUCGUCUUGACGGUAGCAACUUGGAGAUAAUAGUUCACGUUUCCGGAAAGUCGGCCCAAGAUUAUUCUGCUUUGCUCCCUGCUUAAUCCUAUUUCCCAUGUUAAUGUUAUCGUCUGCCAUGCACGUAUGUGAGACCAGUUAAUAAAAAACGGCCGAAUGAAUUUUUCUAGUACCAACAACUCGAGAAAUCAUGAGUUUUGGGCAGAAUUUUAAGGUUUCCUUAGUCCGGACCUUGCUAACAAAAUUUACCACGUGCUUGUAAAAGUUGCACAGAAGGGCCAUAAGCGUAUGCACUGCCGCUUUUAUAUUUUUUCGCAAAAAAAAUCUGCUUCUUGCACGUACCUUACUGUACUUGAUGACUGUCCAAUUGCCACUCCGAAUUCCACGCCAUCAAAUGUAUCAGCUAACAAUCCACCGCUUUCGAUUAACUGUUCUCCAAUCCUGGCUAGCCAAGCUCUGUGUACACCGGGCCUUCCAGGUUGCCCAAAUAGUGCACGAAACAUUGACAUGAAUAUCACUAUGACUGCUGCUGCUGCUGCUUUUUCUCUCCUAGGGAGCAUUGGAUGUGUCAGGAGAAGCAUCAACUGCGGCAAAAGGCUGAUCUGAGGCUUUCUGUUUCCUCAAGCUUUCAGUAUCAGCGCCACCAAUGGGAAAUCCGGUCGCAAUCUUUACUAAACCAGCUCUCAGCAGCCAGCGUGAUCAACCUGCGCGGGCUGCAUCUCUUGAAGUUGGUCGAGUGA